UCCGUAGCGGAUACGCUUCAGGCUUCAAGUCUGAAAACGCUUCAAACACACAACACAGCAUCAAGCAAGCAAUCCGAUCGGCUCACCCUUAGCAGCGAACCGCCUCCUCGCAGACCAACUCAAUGGAACGGGUAGCCAUGUCCCAGUCAAUCACGAGUCAACUAUCCGCCUGUGCUGCUGUGAAAACAGCGAUUGGCUCGGCGCAGCAACAUGCCGCCGCGCCGCAGCCGCACUCGCGGUUCCUGGGCUCGCGCAACCCGCUCGUGUCUUCCUCCGCGUCCAGCCUCUUCGCGGGAGAUCGUCGGGUGCUCUCAAGCCCCAGCCACUGCAGGCCAUGCGGGGGCUCCGCCGCCGCUGGCGCAAGCAGCAGCGCUUUCCCCUCCGCCACGGCGCGCGCGGCUUCCGCGGCGGAGGCGGAGAACGACAGCAACCCCAUGCGCGAGUGGCUGCAAGGCAGGACCGCCCACGGGGAACAGCAGACCCAGCAGGGUUCAGGGUUUAACACCAUGGACGCGGAAGACUCCGUGAGGGACGGCGAGGGCGCCACGUGGCGAGAAGAGUGCGGAGUGGUGGGCAUCUGGGGCGAUCCCGACGCGGGGAGGCUGUGCUAUCUUGCGCUGCACGCGCUACAGCACCGCGGGCAGGAAGGCGCGGGGAUCGUGACUUGUAGCGGGAACGGGCGGCUGCGGUCCGUGACGGGGAUGGGCCUCGUUGGCGAGGUGUUCGACUCCAACAAGCUUGCUGAGCUGGAAGGGUCCAGCGGCAUCGGCCACGUCAGAUACGCCACGGCGGGCGCGUCCGUGCUGAAGAACGUGCAGCCGUUCGUGGCGGAGUACCGCUUCGGCCCCACAGCCGUGGCGCACAACGGCAACCUGGUGAACCACCGCAAGCUGCGGCACCGCCUGGAGGACGCGGGGUCCAUCUUCAACACGUCGUCCGACACCGAGGUGAUCCUGCACCUGAUCGCCAUGUCGACCGCGCGCCCGUUCAUCGCGCGGCUCGUCUCCGCGUGCGAGCAGCUCGAGGGCGCGUAUUCGCUGGUGUUUCUGACGGAGGAUAAGCUCGUGGCGGCGCGCGACCCGUACGGGUUCCGCCCGCUGGUGCUGGGGCGGCGGAGGGACACGGGCGCGGUGGUGGUCGCGUCGGAGACGUGCGCGCUGGACCUGAUUGGCGCGGAGUACGAGCGGGAGGUGAACCCGGGGGAGGUGGUUGUGGUGGACGGCAGCGGUGUGAGCUCCAUGUGUCUGAUGCCCAAGAUGCCGCGCAAGGCGUGCGUCUUCGAACACAUCUACUUCGCGCUCCCGCACUCGGUUGUCUUCGGACGAUCCGUGUACGAGUCGCGCUACAGCUUCGGGCGCAUCCUGGCGCGCACGGCGCCGGCGGAGGCGGACGUGGUGAUCGCGGUGCCGGACAGCGGCGUGGUGGCGGCGCUGGGGUACGCGGCGGAGGCGGGCGUGCCGUUCCAGCAGGGGCUCAUCCGCUCGCACUACGUGGGCCGCACCUUCAUCGAGCCGUCCCAGGGGAUUAGGGACUUCGGGGUUAAGCUGAAGCUGGCUCCGGUCAAGGCUGUGCUCAAGGGCAAGCGUGUGGUGGUGGUGGACGACAGCAUCGUGCGCGGCACGACGAGCAGCAAGAUUGUGCGGCUGGUGAAGGAGGCGGGCGCCACCGCCGUGCACAUGCGCAUCGCGUGCCCGCCCAUCACCGGCUCCUGCUACUACGGUGUCGACACGCCCUCCAGGGAGGAGCUGAUCUCCUACCGCCUGAACAUCGAGGAGACGCGCAAGUUCAUCGGAGCCGACUCGCUCGCCUUCGUCCCCCUGGAGGACCUGCACUCGGUGCUGGGCGACGACGCCCCCACGUUCUGCGACGCCUGCUUCUCGGGCGCAUACCCCGUGCCGCCUGAAGGGAUGGGCGACGGCAAGGGGCUCACCGGCGGGCGGCUGCUGGAGGAGUCGGAUGCGGAUGUGGUGGAGGCGGAGAUUGAGGCGGCUACUGCUGCCGCCGCUGGUGCUUGAGUCGGGUGCUUUGAGGUGGCUGCUGUGGCUGUUCUGAAGUUCUAGGCUUCCCAGGCGUUUUGGGGAGGGUAGUUGGGGUGAGGAGUCGCAAUGCAGUUGGGGAUGGAGAGAGGAGAUGGCGGAGCAAUUGGGAUUUACAAUCUGAUUCCAGUAUUUCUUUCGAUUUUACUUCAAUGGUAUCGUUGGUCAUGUGCUAGUUCAAAACAUGAUUUCUGUUCAACUAGUGCCGAAUAUGGAGUACACGAAGUCUGAUUUGCGUACUUAUGAGAUGAAUCUAGU